AAUAUGCCCAGUUCUGUCUCUUUUCGCUAGAAAAAACCUUUUGCUCUCAUUUCUUUUAGCACCUGAGUGUCUAAUAAUAAUAACACACACAUAGUAACAUCAUAAACUCUUCUCUAUUUGCAUAGCCAAUGAUCAAACACCAAAAUAGUCUCUCCUAUCAUCGUUUUUUGAUACAAUGACCAUUGACGAGCCUGAGCCUAAUUCCAAUUCCGACCCCAUCUCAGAGUGGCUAGAUACUUUAUCUGAUGUUCCAUCCUUCCUUGACGAACCUUAUAAUUACCCCGAGGAUUUCAAUUUCUAUGGAGACUCAUGGUGGAUUCCUCCAAAUCAAGAUAAGCAUAUCGUUAAUCACGAUAUCAUCGACAACAAUAUUUGUACCUCAUUCAACUAUAGCUCCCCGGUCAACGCAGCAACUAGCACAAUUCCUCCCGAGCCUAUCAUUUUGGAUCUGUCCAAGAAGAGGAAAACAUCAGGCUCUGAAUCUGAUCAUAAUCCAAAGGUGUCAAGGAAGAAUCGGAACCGUCACACUAAUGAGGCCGACGAAAUGAAGAAAUCAACAGGACACAAGAGAGUAACAAACAAAUCCACAACAAAUAACUGUAGCAAUAAAGAAGGAAGAUGGGCAGAGCAUUUGCUCAACCCUUGUGCUGCAGCUAUUACUGUUGGUAACAUGAACCGCGUGCAACAUCUGUUGUACGUUCUCCACGAGCUCGCGUCGUUCACAUGCGACGCAAACCAUAGGCUCGCGGCUCAUGGACUCCGCGCGCUGACACAUCAUCUCUCUUCCCCUGGCUCAUCCUCUUCAUCCGUUGGUGUUACAAAUUUCGCUUCUGCAAAUCACAAAUUCUUCAGGGACUCGUUGAUCAAUUUCAAUGAUAUUAAUCCCUGGUUUCGAAUCCCGAAUAACAUCGCAAACUCAGCCGUUCUACAAAUUCUUGGAGAACACGAUAAGCUAAAGAACCUUCACAUCCUUGAUAUUGGAGUCUCUCACGGCGUUCAGUGGCCAACUCUUCUUGAAGAGUUGACUCGACGAUCAGGUGGGCCACCACCGUUAGUUAGACUAACGGUUAUUACGCCCACCGUAGAGAACGCAGAAUUAGGAGGCACCCCAUUUGUGAUCGGCCCGCCUGGUUACAAUUUUUCAUCGCAACUGCUAGCUUUUGCUAAGGCUAUCAACAUCAAUCUACAGAUCAACAGACUGGACAAUUUCCCUCUACAGAAUCUUAAUUCCCAAGUCAUCAAUUCUUCAGAGGACGAAAUAUUAGUCACUUGUGCUCAGUUUAGACUCCACAAUUUGCAUCACAAUAACCCGGAUGACCGAACGGAGUUCUUGAGAAUACUGAAGAGUUUGGACCCGAAAGGAGUAGUUGUGAGCGAGAACAAUAUAGAUUGUAGCUGCAACAGUUGUGGGGACUUCACGACAACGUUCUCGAGGCGAGUGGAGUACUUAUGGAGGUUUUUGGACUCGACAAGUGUAGCGUACAAAGGACGUGAGAGCGAAGAAAGGAGGAUGAUGGAAGGGGAAGCUGCAAACGCAUUGACAAAUAUGGGAGAAAUGAAUGAAAGGAAGGAGAAAUGGUGUGAAAGAAUGAGGAGUGUUGGCUUUGUAAAGGAAGUGUUUGGAGAGGAUGCCAUUGAUGGAGCUCGGGCGUUGUUGAGGAAGUAUGAUAGCAAUUGGGAGAUUAGAGUUGAAGAGAGAGAUGGCUGUGUUGAUCUAUGGUGGAAAGGGCAGCCUAUUUCUUUCUGUUCAUUAUGGAAGACAUGAGAAUUUGAAAUUCCAAUCAAUUGUAGAGCAACUCAAUUUUAGUUUCAGGAAUGUAUGAACUGUCAAGUAAUCAAAAGUGUAGUUCCUCGUGUAUCUGCCUACCAUGUUAGACAAUAUACUGAUUAGUGUAUUUGCAGAGGCAACAAGUCAAAAAUCAUCUAGUAUUUCUCUA